CCGGAGGCGGGGUCGCCAGGUCACGACGGGCGGAAGAAGCUAGCGCUACGGCCGCAGGGUUUACUGGCGGAACGCUGCGUCGGACGGAGGUCGGCUGUGCUGGGGAGCAGAGUGGUGGGCGCUUCGGCAAGGCCUCCUGGACCCCUGUGGCCCGUGAAAGGCCGUUCCUUGUCUCGCCUGCGCACCUCCUGCUCUUUCCCAGACCGAACCGAGCGCCGGCAACAUGUCGGCCUACCCCAAAAGUUACAAUCCGUUCGACGACGACGCGGAAGAUGAGAGGGCCCCGCCAAUCCCGUGGAAGGACGCCCGCGACAUCCUCGACGGGUCGGGCGCGCCCGCGGACAGGCAGCGGUACCUGCAGCAGGAGGUGAUGCGCAGGGCCGAGGCCGCGACCGCCAGCACCAACAGGUCUUUGUCCCUCAUGUAUGAGUCCGAAAAGAUUGGGGUCGCCUCUUCCGAGGAGCUCGUCCGUCAGCGAGGAGUCUUAGAACGCACAGAGAAGAUGGUGGACAAAAUGGAUCAAGAUUUAAAGACCAGCCAGAAGCACAUUAAUAGCAUUAAGAGUGUGUUUGGGGGGUUCGUCAAUUACUUCAAAUCUAAACCAGCAGAGACCCCACUUGAACAGAAUGGCACCCUCGGCCCCCAGCCCAACAGCAGGUUGAAAGAAGCUAUAAGUACAAGUAAAGAACAAGAGGCACAGUACCAAGCCAGCCACCCAAACCUCAGGAAGCUGAAUGACUCAGACUGUAUCUCUGGAGGGGCCAGUUCUGCUGUGAGUACCGAGACUUACCCGAAGAACCCACACCUUCGAGCCUAUCACCAGAAGAUUGACAACAAUCUAGAUGAGCUGUCCACGGGACUGGGCCGGCUGAAGGACAUAGCCCUGGGGAUGCAGACGGAAAUUGAAGAGCAAGAUGACAUUAUUGGCCGCCUUACAACCAAAGUAGACAAGUUAGAUGUCAAUAUAAAAAGCACAGAAAAAAAAGUUCGACAACUUUAAAAACAGACAAGGAUUUCUACUCCAUUGUGAUGAAAAGAUACGAAAGAUUUUCUUUUAAACGCCCAAGAAAUUUCAUUUAUUAUU